UAGUAUUUUAAAAACAAGUUUUGUGUCCAAAAAAAGAAGAAAAAAAAAAUAAUAAACCGAAUGUCAUUAAUUAGUCCAAUCCUGAUAUCAUUAUUGAAUAUUGACAGUAAUUCUAUAUUUUACAAAAUUCUAACAAUCACGAGAAUUCACCAAACUUUGCUUUGAAACACAAUCCCUAAAAUACAGCUUAAUUCUCUCUCCUAAUUAAUCAAAUCUUGAGUUCUUGAUCUCCGCAAAUGUUUAAUUUCUUAUUAACUUCCUGACAAUUUCAGGUGAAAAUAACGCCAAUUUAGCUACAAUUCGGAUGAAAAAUUAGCAAUCCCAGAUUGGGAGGUCAAAAUUAAAUUCAGAUUUGGGGGUGAAAGAGCCACUGCAAGUGAGCCAUGGCAUCAUCAGGUGGUGGUUUAAGGAAUACAUCUGUAGUCGUCCUUACUUUGGAAUCUGGUGAAGUGUAUAUUGUUGUGAGCUUGUCCUUGAGGCGUGACACCCAAGUAAUUUAUGUUGAUCCAACAACUGGAGUACUUUGUUAUUUUGGAAAGCCUGGGGUUGAUAUCUUUAAGUCAGAACGUGAAGCUGUAGAUUUUGUCACAAAUAGUUCUAAAUGGCUCUGCAAAAGUACCACAUAUGCCAGAGCAAUUUUAGGUUAUGCAGCCCUUGGAAAUGUUGGCUUGCUUCUUGUUGCUACAAAGUUGGCUGCCAGCAUUCCUGAUUUACCUGGAGGAGGUUGUGUUUAUACAGUGAUGGAGGCUCAAUGGAUCAAAAUUUCAUUGCAAAAUCCUCAAGUUAUUGGAAAAGGAGAAGCAAAGAACAUACAAGAAUUGAUGACACUCGACAUUGAUGAAAAGCAUUUUUUUUGUGAGACAAGGGACAUGAGCCGGCCUUUCCCUAGUCAGAUGCCCUUGGACCAGCAUGAUGAUGAAUUUGUUUGGAAUGGAUGGUUGUCCUCCCCUUUCAAGAUCAUAGGCCUUCCUCAACAUUGUGUUGUACUUCUGCAGGGAUUUGCAGAAUGUCGAAGCUUUGGGAGCUUAGGUCAGCAAGAAGGUAUCAUUGCUCUGAUUGCUCGACGCAGCAGACUGCAUCCUGGUACCCGAUACUUGGCCAGGGGAAUAAAUUCUUGUUCUGGCGCAGGAAAUGAAGUUGAAUGUGAACAGCUUGUUUGGGUACCCAAAAGGGCUGGCCAGAGUGUUCCCUUCAAUACUUACAUCUGGCGAAGGGGCUCUAUUCCUAUCUGGUGGGGUGCUGAUUUAAAGAUGAGUGCUGCAGAAGCAGAAAUAAAAGUUGCUGAACAUGAUCCUUACAAGGGAAGUGCAGAAUACUACCAAAGAUUGAGCAAUCGAUAUGAUACUCGAAACUUCAAUUUUUCUGGUGGGAACCAGAAAAAAAUUCCUUUUGUCCCAAUAGGGUGCAUUAAUUUACUUCGCAGUGCUGAGGGGAAAUCUGAAUCUAUAUUGGUUCAUCAUUUUGAGGAAUCUUUAAAUUUUAUUAGAUCAUCAGGGAUGCUUCCUUCUACAAAAAUUGUUUUAAUGAAUUACGACUGGCAUGCAAGGGUUAAGUUGUAUGGUGAGCAGCAAACAAUUGAAGGGCUAUGGAGACUCCUUAAAGGGCCUACGAUAACCAUUGGCAUCACUGAAGGGGAUUACUUACCUUCUCGUCAGCGCAUAGGCAAUUGCAGAGGUGAAGUGAUCUGCACUGAUGAGAUUGAGGGUGCAUAUGUCUUAAGAUCUCGCCAAAAUGGCGUGUUACGAUUCAAUUGUGCUGAUUCUUUGGAUAGGACAAAUGCUGCUAGUUAUUUUGGAGCCCUGCAAGUUUUUGUAGAGCAAUGUAGAAGACUGGGUAUAUCUCUUGACAGUGAUAUUGGCUAUCAAUCAGUGGAUAACUAUAGCGGAUAUACAGCCCCACUUCCACCUGGCUGGGAAAAGCGCUCUGAUGCAGUGACAGGCAAAUCAUAUUUUAUUGAUCAUAAUACAAGGACGACUACAUGGAGCCAUCCUUGCCCAGAUAAACCUUGGAAAAGAUUUGAUAUGACGUUUGAGGGGUUUAAGAGGUCAACCAUAUUAUCACCAGUAUCUCAACUUGCUGAGUUAUUUUUGAGUGCUGGGGAUAUACAUGCUACACUUUACACUGGCUCUAAGGCUAUGCACAGCCAGAUACUCACCAUAUUUACUGAGCAAGGUGGCAAAUUUAAACAGUUAGCUGCUGCACAAAACUUGAAAAUAACUAUAGAAAGAAGAAUUAAAAACACUUUUGUUGAUAGUUCUCGCCAGAAGCAGCUGGAGAUGUUUCUUGGGAUGAGGCUGUUUAAGCAUCUUCCGUCAAUCCCACUUUUUCCUUUGCAUGUGUUGUCUCGACCACCUGGCUUCUUUCUCAAGCCUGUUCCAAGCAUUUUCCCAAAUUCUGGUGAUGGCUCUGGUCUUCUGAGUUUCAAGAGAAAAGAUCUGGUCUGGGUUUGCCCCCAGGCUGCAGAUGUAGUUGAACUUUUCAUUUACCUCACUGAGCCAUGCCAUGUUUGUCAGCUUCUUCUCACUGUCUCACAUGGUGCGGAUGAUUUGACCUUUCCUUCAACAGUUGAUGUGAGAACAGGCCGAGAUCUGGAUGGACUUAAACUGGUUUUGGAGGGAGCUUCAAUACCUCAAUGUGGAAAUGGGACAAAUAUUUUAAUUCCCUUACCUGGACCUGUCAGUUCUGAAGAUAUGGCUGUGACUGGAGCUGGUGCACGCCUUAAUGGUGCAGAUGCCUCUACCCUGUCAUUGUUGUAUGAUUUUGAGGAAUUGGAGGGAGAAUUAGACUUUCUCACUCGUGUGGUCUCUCUUACUUUCUAUCCUGCUGCUUCUGGGAGAACUCCAUUAACUCUCGGUGAGGUAGAGGUUCUUGGAGUGUCUCUUCCUUGGAAAGAGAUUUUCACUAAUGAAGGUCAUGGUGCAAGAUUGCGUGAGCAGGCAAAAAAAUUCCAGAAACAAACAAAUACUCUCUUGCCUGGUCCUCAUUCCAGUACUGUAGGAGGUGGUGCGUCAGUAUCUAGAGAAAAUUUUCAACCCAAAACUCUGCCAAAUUCUUCAUCCAGCGAUUGGUUUGACCUUUUGACUGGAGAUGGAACUGAUUUAAAUCCAUUUGCUAACUCUGUGAAUGAGCAUUGUGAUGAUCAGACUGGUUCUGAGUCCCCUCCUUUGGUUGAGAAACCAUCUGAUAAUGGUGCUAAGCAGUAUAUUAACUGCUUUAAGUCUCUUGCUGGUCCACAAAUGAGACAGAAGCUGAAUUUCAUGGAAGCUAUAAAGCUGGAAAUCGAACGUUUGCACUUAAAUCUUUCUGCUGCUGAGCGAGAUAGGGCACUAUUGGCAGUUGGCACAGAUCCUGCUUCUAUAAAUCCUAAUCUGUUGCUUGACGAUGUAUACAUGGUAAAAUUAUGCAGAGUUGCCAAUAGUCUUGCAAUGGUGGGACAAGCAGCUCUUGAAGACAAAAUUACCAAAUCAAUUGGUCUUGAGAAAAGUGAUGAUGAUGCUAUUGAUUUUUGGAAUGUUUCUGGUUUUGGGGAGAGCUGUGUUGGAGGUGUAUGUGAGGUACAUGCUGAAAAUGGGGAGGCAGCUCAAAUAUCUAAUGCGAAAUUAUCAGCAGAUUCCUCAAAGUCUUUUUUGUGUUCUCAUUGUGGAAGGCACGUUUGUAUAAUAUGCUGUGCUGGAAGGGGAGCAUCUCUGCUUGCAAGCUAUAGUACAAGGGGUUCUUUAAGCUGUAAUGGUGGACAGGGCCGCAUUGGCUCAGAUGGGGCUGUAUGUAAACAAUGCUGCAGCGAUGUUGUGCUGAAUGCAUUAGUACUGGACUAUGUCAGGGCCUUGUUGAGCUCCCGGAGAACCACCCGUGUUGGUGCUGCUGCAUUUACAGCUUUAGCCAACAUCCUUGGAUUUUCCUUGAAUGAUGGAACUGAAGAAAAGUACAAAUCUUCUGAUGCUCUAGAAUCUAGUAAAGUUUUGGGAAGGUUACUUAAGGGGGAAGAAUCUUUAGCUGAAUUCCCAUUUGCCAGCCUUUUGUAUUCGGUUGAAACAGCUGUAGGAGCAGCUCCCUCCUUGUCAUUAUUCGCUCCUCUGGAUUCAGGGCCCCAACAUUCUUAUUGGAGAGCUCCUCCAAACAACAAUUGCAUAGAGUUUGCCAUUGCUCUUGGUUCUCUUUCUGAUGUCAGUGGAGUAACUCUAGUGGUUAGCCCAUGUGGCUACUCAGAAGCUGAUGCUCCUACUGUGCAAAUAUGGGCGAGCAAUAAAAUAAGCAAGGAAGAAAGGUCAUGUGUGGGAAAGUGGGAAGUGCAAUCUAUCUUGCAAUCUUCGCCAGAGUACUAUGGACCGGAAAAUUUGGAUGCCGUUGGGACUGCUCCCCGGAACAUCAAGUUUUCCUUCAGGAAUCCUGUUCGGUGCCGCAUCAUUUGGAUCAUGCUAAGCCUUCAACGAGCUGGUUCAGCUUCUGUGAAUUUUGGGAGUGAUUUCAAUCUUUUAUCACUGGAUGAGAAUCCUUUUGUUCAACCAACUAGGCGUGCAUCUUUUGGGAGCCUAGAUGAAAGAGAUCCGUGUCUUCAUGCUAAACGAAUUCUUGUGCUUGGAACUUCAUUGAAAAAGGACAUGGAGCUCACAGCACCAGAAAGUUCAGAACAGUUAAAAUUGCAAAAUUGGUUGCAGAAGCCACCUCAGCUAAAUAGAUUUAAGGUUCCAAUUGAGACUGAAAGGUUAAUCGAGAAUGAUUUUGUCUUAGAGCAGUAUUUAUCACCUGCUUCGCCGUUGUUAGCUGGUUUUCGUCUUGAUGCUUUUAGUGCUAUUAGACCUCGGACAACUCAUUCACCAACAUCUGAUCUGCAUGCUUGGGAUCCCUCUGCAGUAUUACUUGUAGAAGAAAGGCAUAUCACACCUGCCGUGUUAUUUAUUCAAGUAUCUGUACUCCAGGAUACUAACAUGGUAACAGUAGCGGAAUAUCGAUUGCCAGAAACCAGGCCUGGAACUCCAAUGUAUUUUGAUUUGCCAAGACAAUUGCAGACUCGUAGAAUCACGUUUAGACUUCUUGGGGAUGUCGCUGCAUAUAUUGAUGACCCUGCAGAGCAAGAUGAUGCCGAGUACAGAAGCUCACCCUUGGCUGCAGGGCUUUCCCUGGCCAAUAGAGUAAAGUUAUACUAUUAUGCUGACCCAUAUGAACUUGGAAAAUGGGCUGGCCUUUCUGCUGUCUAAAUACUAGUCAUCUAUUCAACAAACCGCUUGUUUUUCUCUUUUUUGUGCAAUAGUGUGUAUAGCACAAUGAUUGUAUUAGUGGCUUUGCCGCCAUUUUUUCAUGCUUAUAUUCAUUGCUGUAAUGUUCUGUAUCAAUUUUGAUUCAUUGAUUAAAUAUAUAUCAGGUUUCGGGUAAUAAAA